GUUGAAGUAAAGAUUUUUUUUUAAUCGAAUUAUUUUGACGCGUGUGCCUAUUGUUUUUCUGUUUAUUGUUGUCCCUCUAACCUUUUCAAUAGGCAAAAACAGAGGUCAAUGACCUUAGACAUCGUGAAAUUAACAUCUUUAGUCAGAUACUUUUGACUUUUUUGUGAAUUUUCUUCUCCUGAUUGUUAGGAGAAAGAGUUACAAAUCUAGGAUUCUUACGGAGGUAAAAUGUUGUUAAUAAAGAGAAGAAACCUAAGCAAUAGGUUUAGUUUAGACUUUUUACAACCUUAAUGCCAGUAAAUGCUGAAAGGCCACGAAAUUUGCAUAUCGUCCUUCUUCGUCUUCAAUUGUUAAAAGACAAUUUAAAAAAGAAAAAGAAAGUUGAAUGAUUCAGCUUUCGUCAUGCAUUGGGUUAAUCUGGCCGGCAAAUCUUUGAACUUGUUAUUAUAUAGACCCUCUUGUCUUGUUUAUGCUGUUGCCUGCAUUACACAUUUUGUCUCAACAAUCCAGAUUUGCCCCUCGUUUCCUUUUUGUGAAGGUCAAGCUUUCAAGGGCUAACGGGUGAUGCUUUGGUGAAGGGUUUUUUUUUCCUGUUCUAGAUUCCAUACCUAGAUUUUUAGUAACUUCCGGCUCAAGCAAAAAGGAAGUUCGAUAUGACGGAAAUAUCAGAGUCUCUCAAGGCUAUCACCACGGAGAGCAUUGAUCUGGAAAAUGUUCCCGUUGAAGAGGUUUUUCAACAUCUCAAAUGCACGAAACAAGGUUUGAGUUCCGAUGAAGUCCAGGAGAGACUUACCUUGUUUGGUUACAACAAGCUCGAGGAGAAAAAGGCAAUCCGAGAUGGGAAAUGGAACGAGAUAGAUGCAGCUGAGUUGGUUCCAGGAGAUAUAGUUAGUAUCAAACUUGGAGAUAUCAUCCCUGCUGAUGCUCGUCUUCUUGAAGGAGACCCUUUAAAGAUUGACCAGGCAAGUUCUGCUUCUGAUGAUGAUGCCAUUAUCUCUAGCAUUCUUAUAUCUCUCUUUCGACUAAUCUUGAUUUUCAAGAAAGGCAUCGACACAGAUAUGGCUGUGCUUAUGGCUGCAAGAGCUGCACGUUUAGAGAACCAAGAUGCUAUUGAUACUGCUAUUGUCUCCAUGUUGGCAGACCCUAAAGAGGCGCGUGCUGGAAUACAAGAACUCCAUUUUCUUCCGUUCAGUCCAGCAAAUAGAAGAACUGCGCUAACGUACCUUGAUGGAGAAGGCAAGAUGCACCGAGUGAGCAAAGGAGCUCCUGAAGAGAUUUUGGAUAUGGCACACAACAAGUUAGAAAUCAAGGAGAAGGUGCAUGCUACAAUCGACAAAUUCGCAGAACGUGGCCUAAGAUCCCUUGGGUUGGCAUAUCAGCAAGUACCAGAUGGUGAUGUUAAAGGUGAAGGUGGUCCAUGGGAAUUUGUAGCUCUUCUUCCUCUGUUUGAUCCUCCUCGUCAUGACAGUGCACAAACAAUAGAGCGAGCUCUUCAUCUUGGAGUCAGUGUUAAAAUGAUCACAGGUGACCAGCUUGCGAUUGCCAAAGAAACAGGAAGAAGGCUUGGAAUGGGAACAAACAUGUACCCUUCUUCGUCUCUGCUCUCUGAUAACCACACUGAAGCAGUUUCCAUCGACGAACUUAUCGAGAACGCAGAUGGUUUUGCAGGAGUCUUUCCUGAGCAUAAGUAUGAGAUUGUGAAGAGAUUACAAUCCCGAAAACAUAUAUGCGGUAUGACUGGUGAUGGAGUGAACGACGCACCUGCCUUGAAGAAAGCUGAUAUUGGAAUAGCUGUGGAUGAUGCCACUGAUGCUGCUCGUAGCGCUUCUGAUAUUGUCUUAACAGAACCUGGUCUUAGUGUUAUCAUCAGUGCUGUUUUGACUAGCCGUGCAAUUUUCCAGAGAAUGAAAAAUUACACGAUAUAUGCUGUUUCUAUCACUAUACGUAUUGUGAUGGGUUUCAUGCUUCUAUGUGUCUUCUGGGAGUUUGACUUCCCUCCAUUCAUGGUUCUUGUUAUUGCAAUCCUUAACGAUGGUACUAUAAUGACCAUAUCAAAGGACAGAGUCAAGCCUUCUCCAACUCCAGAUUGUUGGAAACUCAAGGAGAUUUUCGCUACUGGUGUUGUCCUUGGAGCUUACUUGGCGAUUAUGACCGUUGUGUUUUUCUGGGCAGCAUACGAAACCAACUUCUUCCCUAAAAUUUUCAAAGUGAGAAACUUCAACCAGCACCAUUUCGACAUGAAAGACAAGAAAGUGGCUGCACAUUUGAACGAACAGAUGGCUUCUGCUGUGUACCUUCAAGUCAGCACCAUCAGUCAAGCUCUGAUCUUCGUGACCCGUUCAAGGAGCUGGUCGUUUGUUGAACGGCCCGGUGCUCUUCUGGUGAUUGCUUUCCUCAUUGCUCAGCUGGUUGCAUCGACGAUAUCAGCAAUGGCAACUUGGCCUUUUGCUGGAAUCAGAAGCAUUGGAUGGGGUUGGACUGGAGUUAUCUGGAUAUUCAACAUCGUAACUUACAUGUUACUUGAUCCUAUCAAGUUCGCAGUCCGUUAUGCUCUAAGUGGCAAAUCCUGGAACCGAAUGAUCGAUCAAAGGAUUGCACUCACAGGCAAGAAGAAUUUUGGGAAAGAAGAACGAAUGGCUGCGUGGGCCACCGAGAAGCGUACACAGCACGGUUUAGAGACAGGUCAAAAGCCAAUGUAUGAGAGAAAUGGCGCAACCGAACUUAACAAUAUGGCUGAUGAAGCUAAAAGGCGCGCCGAACUUGCUAGAAUGAGAGAGCUUCAGACAUUGAAGGGGAAAGUCGAAUCAGCUGCAAAGCUGAAAGGCAUUGAUCUUGAGGAUGCUAACAAUAACAACUACACAAUCUGAGAGUCUUAAUCUCUGCCUAAUUCAUUCUUUUAUGUUUUAUCUUCUUCUUUUUUUUUAUUUUUUUCUAUAUGUAUUACUAUUCUUCUUGAUAUUGACAUUCAUUUUGAUAUCUUGGUGGAAGAUGUCGCUUGUUGUUAUAUUUCAUUUGAUGCUUGUAACUCUGUUACGUUUAUUUGAUGGAAAAUUCAGACUUGAUUGGUUGUGUUCGGGUAUUAAUAAAC